AUGACACCUUCAGCCUCUCUCACUCCCCGCCCACCCUCGAGGUCUGCCGAGGUUAUUUUCUUCCAGCAUCACAAGUUCCAGAGUCUCAAGGAACAAGCUCAAUGCUCGGCCUCCUCCAUUGUUCGACUUGCGUGCGCAAUAUGUUUGCAGGCUUUCUCACCAAGUGGGAGUAUCUGCUUGGCUUUCCAAGGCAAAGAAAAGGCCUGGAAACUUUGGAGCAAAAGCAUUGAUCGAGGUGACAGGGUGUUACCUCUUCUCCAAGGCGGACUUGACACCCCGCAGACAACUCAAUCUGCGGACGAGGAUAUCUUCAGACAUGCGCUAUCUGUCUCUGCUCUUGAGGAAGAUCUUCAAACAUUUGAGAAUGGACCGUCAUUAGCAAGUUUGAAAGGAGUCUUUCAAGAUGUCGAAGUGCUCUUUGCUGCCAACCGGGACCACUUCACCCGAGGCAUCAUAUUGAGGUGUGAAUACACUGUAUCUUGUCUAUCAGACUGGCAAGCUAGAUGCAUUCUAUCCACCUUCCGUCAGGUGUUGGAGAACCUUGUCUCACGCCCUUACUCUAGAGUUUCUGAGAUUGAGCUCAUGAACGACCGCGACUACCAACAGUGCCUUGACUGGAAUCAACGCUCUCCGGAUCAUGUCGAUACAAAUGUGAGCGAUAUGAUCGACAAACGCAUCCGGAAUUCUCCCCUUAGCCCAGCUGUGGAUGCAUGGGACGGUCUCAUGUCAUACACUGAGCUUGACGCAGCUUCUUCCAGAGUUGCUCAAGAGCUUCGCGAGCGCGGUGUCGGCCCCGAAUCUACGGUUGCUCUAUUCUUUGACAAGAGCAUGUGGAAUAUCGUAGCCACUGUGGCAGUUCUCAAGGCCGGCGGCGCAUUCGUUCCCUUGGACCCCUCACAGCCCGACAACCGAAUCUCUUCCAUUUUAGACCAAAUCCAGGCCAAGGUUAUUAUGUGUUCCGAAGUGUAUAUCCAGCACCUGCUACACUUCUCCCAGGAAGUGUUUGGCUUGGGCAAUUCUUGGGCCGACAAGGCCCCUGCCCUCAUCUCUAGAAGCGCUUCGACCGUUCGCCCAUGGAACCUAGCGUAUAUCAUGUUCACCUCAGGAAGCACUGGAGAACCAAAAGGUGUGAUGAUUGACCACGCUGCGUGCGCAUCAAGUGUCAUGGCUCACGGUCAGGCGACUAGUUUUAAUCAAAACACCAGGACUCUCCAAUAUGCUCGACACACUUUUGAUGCAUCGAUUGCGGAGAUCUUGACUACACUUGCCUUCGGGGGAUGUGUAGUCAUUCCAUCAACAGAUGAGCGGCUAGACAACAUCACAGCUGUCAUUCAAGAGAAGAGAGUGAACUGGGCAUUCUUCACGCCUUCAGUUAUUCGUCUACUGGAGCCUUUUGCGGUUCCUGGCUUAACAACUGUGGUCAUCGGCGGCGAGCCUCUGGGCCAAGACAAUAUUGAGACGUGGGCGGCCGGCCGCAAUCUUAUUCAUGCGUACGGCCCUACUGAGAACACGGUGUUCUCUACUAUGCACCCAUUGUCACUUUCAUCCAAGGCAGGGGCGAUUGGACGCGGCGUUGGUACGCUGUGUUGGAUUACCGACCCUGAGGAUCCCAAUCGUUUGUCACCCCUGGGAGCAGCUGGCGAGCUGCUCCUUGAGAGCCCUCAACUUGCAAGGGGUUACUUGAACUUUGCAGACAACGAAGGUCCAAACCAAGCUUUUGUUCGAGAUCCGCCUUGGCUUGCUAAACAUGGUCGACGGUCUAGACUGUACAAAACCGGAGACCUGUGUCGCUUUGACGAGAACGGUGUAAUUCACUUUGAAGGCCGGAAGGACACUCAACUCAAAAUAUCCGGGCAACGUCUGGAAGCUUCAGAGGUUGAGUACCAUCUUCGAGCAGCGUUCCGCACUCCCGACAUCGUCGUAGAUGUGCUCAAUCGACCGACUCAAGAUACGAAGGCACAGUCUAAAGUGCUCGUCGCUUUUGUUUGCCUUGACAGAGAGUCUAACCAACGACCAGACAAUAUGUCAAGCUAUAUCAUGACUCGGCGGUACCCACCUCUCCUAGAGGCAAUCCCCGAAGUCGAAGAAGAGAUAUCUCAAAAGCUUCCAUCAUGGAUGCGCCCAUCGAUAUAUAUCCCUCUCUCUGGUUUCCCCUUGAGCCCAAAUGGCAAGGCGGAUGUCAAGAGACUCCGACAUGAAGCCGCGUCCUUGACUGUCGAGCAGUUCUACCUCUUCGCCCAGACCGACUCUCUCAUACAGGUUGAAGAGACACCACAGCUCCGUCUCAUGCGGAACCUCUGGGCUGAAGUCCUUGGUAUUCAGUCUGUCGCGAUCUUGGCUUCGAGUAGUUUCUUCCGUCUUGGCGGAGACUCACUCGCGGCCAUCAGCCUAGUCACGGCUGCUCGCAGAAAAGGGUUGCAAUUGAGUGUUGCUCAGAUUUUCAAGAGUCCAUCUUUGCACGAUCUUUGCCGACUUGCGACUGAGUUCAAGAAGACUACAGUUGAGAUACGGUCGUUCGAGCUUGUAAACAAAGAAAGCUUCGGGGAUGUACUCGACGAGAUUUCCUACGAAUGUGCUAUUGGCACAGAAGACAUUGAAGAUGCAUUUCCUUGUACUCCGUUGCAAGAAGGUCUCAUGGCACUAUCUUCUUCAACUUCCAACUCUUACUUGGUUCAAUACGUUCUUGACCUCCACGUCGACAUCGAUAUUGCAAGGUUGAAGAUGGCUUGGGAGACUGUUGCCGAGACCCAUGGAAUGCUCCGCGUUCGAAUGGUUGAUACCUUUUCUUCGGGUAUACUCCAAGUCAUCGUCCGUGAGAACCUGUCUUGGAAUGAGAGUUUCAACCUCGAAGAGUAUCUUGAGAUGGACUUGAACGCACCAUCAACCUUUGGAAUGCCCCUCAAUCGGUUCGGUAUUGUCUAUGCCGCAAACGGGGACGCUUGUCACAUGGUAUGGACGGUGCACCACGCUGUGACUGAUGGCCAAGCUGUUGGCCUCACUUUUCAAUCAGUACGGGAUGCGUUCCAUGGUGCUCUGAAGCCAGCUGAAACUUCCUUUGCGUCGUUCAUGAAGCAUUUCAAGGACAUGCAUAUGGAAUCUGCAUCGAGGUACUGGAGCUCAGUCUUUGAGGGAGCAGAAUUUGCAUCGUUCCCGAGGAAGCCAUCCGCAGUGCAUGGUGCCCUAGAGCAUCAAGGUCCAGCUUUUGCCCGUCGACAGGUCCCUGUACCAUCAUCAAGCACAGAUGCCACCACGACUACAGUGCUGCGAGCAGCUUGGGGAUUGGUCAUCAGCCGCUUUAGCAAUUCUGACGAUAUCGUCUUCGGUGUUACAUCGUCUGGAAGGAAUGCUCCUUUUGACAACAUUGAAGCCAUUCUCGGGCCAAUCAUCGCGACUGUUCCACUGAGGAUACGAUGCAAUGGCACGUCGACUGUGCGCGACUUGCUUGACAGCAUACAGAUGAGCACAAUCAACAUGAUUCCGUUCGAGCAGAUAGGAAUACAGAACAUUGCUCGCAUCAAUUCUUCAUGCCGAUCAGCCUGCGACUUCCAAACCAUGAUGAUCGUACAGCCAGAGGUCGAUAUGGCUAUGACGGGCGGUCCAUUCGUCGGCUUUCACAGGCCUCAGGACCUUGACAAGUUCAGAUCUCACGCUGUAAUGUUCGAGUGCAAUCUUGCGCAGCAUGAGGUCUUUUUGAAUUUAAACUACGAUCCUCGGUACAUCGAACCUCUCCACAUGGAACGCCUCGUCGACUAUUUCGAAAGCGCUCUUGAGUUCCUGGCAUCUUCGGAACACCAAGUCCUGAAUGAGUUCUUCCGCAGACCCCUUGCAAAGGAUCUUGCCAAUAUGUCGAAGUGGAAUCAGCAUCCGACUCAAACGAUUGAUUCGUGUGUUCACGCCAUUUUUGAGGAACACGUGCGCACCCAGCCUGACUCUCAAGCUGUUUUCGCGUGGGAUGGUCUUCUCACCUUUUCCCAACUCGACACAAUGGCAUCUCAGCUUGCUAGAGUUUUGAUGGAGCUGGGUGUUGGGCCAGAGAAGAUGGUACCUUACUGCUUCGAAAAGUCGAUGUAUACCAUCGUCUCGAUGCUUGCCAUUCUCAAAGCUGGAGGAGCGAUGGUACCUCUUGACCCCGCACAUCCACCUGACCGUAAAGCGUUCAUUGUCAACAACACGAUGGCAAAAGUGGUCGUUGCUUCUAGUGCCAAUGCAGAUUCGUUCUCUGGACUGGAUGUUCACACUGUUGUUGUUGACUCCAUUUUCUUCGCCAAGGUUGAGGAAGUUGGAGUGGCCACCUUUUCCAAUCACGACGUUCAACCAUGCAAUGCCGCAACUGUGAUCUUCACAUCUGGCAGCACUGGACAGCCUAAAGGUGUCGUUCAAGAACACAAGACCUUGUGUUCUGCGGCCAAUGCUCAUUCUGAUGGGAUGCACAUGUCCAAGACCUCAAGGAUCCUCCAAUUCUCAUCCCAUGUCUUUGACGUCAGCAUCAUUGAGAUCAUCAAUUCGUUCGUUCUUGGAGCUUGUAUCUGUGUGCCGUCUGAUGAAGAGAGGAUGAACAACCUCGCAGAUUUUGUUUCGAGAUCUCAGGCGAAUUGGGCCUUCUUCACACCGUCUUUCGCACGAACUCUUGAGCCAAAAGAUUUUCCCAGCAUGAAGACUAUCUGCAUGGGUGGAGAAGCUAUGACAAUGGAUUGCAUCGAGACCUGGUCUGGGAUCGUGCAGCUCAUCAAUGCUUACGGGCCUUGCGAAGGCAGUGUCUGUACCACCGCUGAUAUCAGCAGCGGUGGGUUCAAGACAGACUCCAUUGGUCAUGGAGCCAAAACCCUCACCUGGAUCGUCGAUCCGAGCAAUCAUGACAUCCUGGCACCAAUUGGUAGUGUCGGCGAGCUUUUGAUCGAAGGGCCAAGUCUUGCUCGUGGAUAUCUCGGUGAUGCAGACAAAACAGCCAAGUCGUUCAUCACCAAUCCAGCCUGGAUCACCGAGAUCGAAGCUGGUAGUGCACUCAGAAGAAUGUAUAAAACAGGCGAUCUCGGAAUGCUGAACUCCGAUGGUUCGAUAUCCUAUCUUGGACGAAAAGAUACACAAAUCAAAUUGCGCGGACAGAGAGUUGAGCCCGGAGAAGUGGAACAUCAACUCGCCCAGCUGUUGCCCUCGGGCUCUAUCGUAGCUGUUGAUGCAAUCGUACUUUCAGGAUCUUCAAGCAAGUCGCUGGUUGCUUUCAUCCAGCUGGAAAACCAUGGUUUUGGUUUUGCGGAGAAGAGGGACAUCAUCGAGGGGCUUGCUGAUCGCUUGAAACAGCAGCUGGCUUCGGUGCUUCCUGCCUACAUGGUUCCUUCGCACUUGAUCCCCGUCGAAAACAUUCCAUUCACCCCGACUGGAAAGCUUGAUCGGCGCACUCUGAAGGAAGAUGCUUCGGCUUCGAGCAUUACAGACAAGCUAGGAAGCGGCAUUAUUGAUGAAGACGCCGACAUGCUAGCAGCUAGCGAGCACAUUGCUCUGAGCAUUAGCAACAAGCUGGCUCAGCUCCUAUCGGUUGGUGAUCCCCGGAGAUCGAAAGUCCUGCGUGGUCACAACUUCAACCCUUACUACGCUGGGAUGGACUCUAUCCAGGUCAUCUCUUUGUCAACAUUCGUUCGAAAGAGCUACAAUGUCAGCAUCCCUAUCCAAAAGUAUAUGAACAGCGCGGCAACCGUCAGAGAUAUUGCUCAAUUGGUCAUUGAAGAUCAGCAAGGAUCUCACGAUGACACCACUAUCGACUUGAUGCAGGAGAUUGAAGUUCAUGAUCAAGUCCUUGCAGCCUCGCUGUUGCCGAGAUCACAUGCAGUGGUUGAGACUAUACAUGCCCCUCAGAUCAUCCUCUUAACAGGAGCUACCGGGUUUCUCGGAAACCAACUGCUGGCUCAAAUCUUGCAGCUGCCGCAGAGUCGCAAGGUCGUGGUGUUAGUUAGAGGUCAAGACUCAGCCCACGCCACUGAGCGACUCUUGUCUCUUGCUCGUGGUAGCAGCUGGUGGCAAGAAGAGUACGUCAACCGUAUCGAAGUUUGGCAUGGCGAUCUAUCUCUUCCACAUCUUGGUCUUGCAGAAGCCCUGUGGUCUCGACUCGAUGGUUCAAGUAUCGAUGGUGACUUGAUCGAUGCGGUCGUCCACAAUGGGGCAGUUGUCAACUGGAUGGCGGACUUCCAGGCCUUGACACCAGCUAAUGUUCUUUCCACGGUCAACAUUCUCGCAGCUUUGACAAAAGCGACGGCAUCUCGUUCAGUUCGGCUGACUUACGUAUCAGGCGGUCACUUGUCCACCUCUCCAGACGAUGUCGAAGAAAUCGCCGCGGAGCUGAAGUCGUAUCCAGCCUACAGUCAGACCAAAUUCGUUGCUGAGAUCCUUGUUGCGCGAUACGCUGAGCGACUCACUCGUGCUGGUUUCGGCUGUUUGGCCACAAUUGUGAAACCUGGCUUGAUCAUGGGCAGCUCCUCCGAUGGCAUUUCCAACACGGAUGAUUUCCUUUGGCGAUUGACAGCCAGUGCAUUAGAUAUGGGGAUGUUCAAUGACAGCGAACGCGACCUGUGGCUCGCUGCAGCAGGUGUUGAUCUCGUAGCCAACACCAUCCUCGAUAGCUGCUUCUACCAUGAAAACAGCGGAGAUUAUCCCGUUAUCAAGAAAGUCCUCAACGGUAUCACCAUGGGAGAGUACUGGGACAUUGUCAAAGAGGAAACAGGCCGCGCAAUGGAGCCGACAGACUCCAAACGUUGGUUGAGAAGCCUGCACGAGGAGGUUGAGGCGAAAGGGCCAAGCCACAGGCUGUGGCCGGUCCUUCAUUUUGUCGAAGAUACAGGCGGCAAACUCGGCCAACCUCUAGGGGUAAUGUCAAUUGACAACCAGCUGGAAUAUCAAGACUCGGUCAAAACAUCCCUCAGGAAGAGCCUGCGAUACCUGCUCGCCAUAGGAUAUAUGCAGACAAGUAGGAGAAGUAGUGUGGAUGGAGAUAGCUCCAGCGAGCCGACUCUUUCAAUCCCGAGGCCAAUGGUCUUCUCAAGAACGCCGACAACGCCAGUAUGGACCCAAACUUCGACCGAUCAGAAACGCCUAGGAUAUGGGAACGAGGGGGACGUGAAGCUGGCGGGAACUGUUGUAGUUGCACCGUUGAGAACACCCAGCCCCUCGUCAGAUUUUGUACCGAUCGAGUAG